UUAUUUUUGCAUAAUUCCUAAUUCCUAUUUACUUUCUAAUACGGUGGUUAAUUGAUACGUAAUUGUGCGAUUAACAAUAACAUGUCAGUGUAUCUAUAUAAAAUAUAGAUAUUGUAUAUCAUUAUAACCGUAAAGAGUGUAGACGAAUGCUCUUUCUGUAUGUACGUUUUCUGUCCCUUUUUUCUGUGUUUGAAAAUAUCCUACCUCUAGCUUCGACCUUCUGUGUGGAUGAGACUGCAGUAGUUCCUUCCUCGGAAACAGAUUAAAAUCGAUGUGCCUGCUGUUACUGUGCAAGUCACUUGCAGCAAGUGCGCAGUAAGUACAGGCUGUACAGCAUCUCCUUGCAAGAUGUUCCUUGCAAGAUACGCUGCCAUUUCUAAAGGGUUAAAGUAUCUCUAUGGCGCACAGUUGUUAGUAGUAGUACCGUAUUAUCCCAGUUGGUAGGAUUUCUUUUUUUAACAGGAUACUGUAAUUGUUAUAUAAUGGAAAUCUGUGAAGUCCAUACUCGUACUUCGUAAAGUACUUAAGUGAAAAGUCCGUGUCCGUAUUUUGCUUUUAUACAUAGAAGUACACUAACCAUAAGUAAGCAUAUUAUAAUUAGUACCAUGGGUUGUUGUUGGUAUCUUUCGGAAAGACGGAUGAUGUUUAUGAAGUGGAGCAUACAUGUUGUGUAAUCACCUGCUCAGGCUAUUAAUCCACCGUGCCUUCCUCGAAGAAAUUUAAAUUCCCCAAAUUUCUGCGGGGAUUUAAUCUUGUGCACCGUUAUCGAUCGACCCGGAUAAGAAUGUCUGGGAAUUUUAAUUUAACGGCUGGCAUGCUGUCCGGAGGAGGAAUGCUUCCUCCUGGAAUGCUGAACCCCAACACAUCCGUUCCCGAUGUAUCGUCUGCUGAUUCUCGAACCGCUGCCCCUAUUAUAGCAGAAUAUUUCUCCGAAAAGCAUCAUCGGGAUAUGUUGGAAUCGUUGUUUCAGUUGCGGAAAAGCCGCGAAUUGUGUGACGUAACCAUUGUGGUAAACGACAGGCACAUUUUUGCUCAUCGUGCUGUUCUGGCUGCGUGCAGCCCUUAUUUUCGGGCGAUGUUUACUGGCGAUUUAUCGGAAAGCAAGCAAGCGGAAAUAACUUUAAAGGAUAUUGAUGAAACCGCUGUGGAAGAUCUAAUUGAUUUCGCAUACGCCGGGAAGAUAUCAAUCGAGGAGAGAAAUGUGCAAACUCUGCUUCCUGCGGCCUGUCUCCUCCAAAUGCAAGAAAUCCAGGAUAAUUGUUGUGAUUUCUUAAAAAAGCAGCUUGAUCCAUCCAAUUGCUUGGGAAUCAGAAGUUUUGCUGAUGCAUAUUCCUGUCGCGAUCUUCUUAAAGCUGCCAAUCGUUUCGCGCAGCUGAAUUUUUUGGAAGUGGUUUUAAGUGAGGAAUUCCUUUUGCUCCCUGUGGCGCAGUUAGUGGAUUUGUUAGCCAGUGAUGAAUUGAAUAUCAGCAAAGAGGAGCAAGUGUAUCAGGCUGCCAUAUCUUGGAUCCGACACGAUGUAAAAGAGCGCCGGCAACAUGUUUCAUCGGUUUUAGAGAAAAUCCGUUUGUGCCUAGUCACACCAAAAUUCCUGGUCAGUGUCGUGAGUGCGGAAUCUCUUUUUAAGAGUGAAGAAAAUUGUCGAGAGAUGAUAGAUGAAGCAAAAAACUAUCUUUUGCUACCCACCGAGCGCUCUGCAAUGCAAGGGCCACAUACCAAACCUCGCAGACCAAUCGUCCGGGGAGAAAUGCUCUACGCUGUCGGUGGAUGGUGCAGUGGAGAUGCGAUUAAUUCCGUGGAAAAAUAUGAUCCUCAACUUAAUGAAUGGAAACUGAUUGCACCCAUGUCCAAACGACGUUGUGGAGUCGGGGUGGCGGUACUCAAUGAUUUAUUGUAUGCUGUUGGGGGACAUGAUGGCCAGGCCUACCUGAACUCCGUUGAGCGAUACGACCCACAAACAAAUCAGUGGAGUGAUAAAGUAGCCCCUACCAGCUCCUGCAGAACUAGUGUCGGUGUUGCCGUAAUGGAUGGUCACCUUUAUGCUGUUGGAGGACAGGAUGGUGUGUCUUGUUUGAAUCUUGUUGAAAAAUAUGAUCCUCAAGCUGACCGGUGGGCGAAAGUGGCCUCUAUGAGCACAAAGCGUUUGGGAGUAGCUGUGGCGGUUCUUAAUGGUUAUCUCUAUGCGUGCGGUGGAUCUGACGGAAGCAACCCCCUCAAUACGGUAGAGCGUUAUGAUCCGCGGACGAAUCGAUGGCAGACCGUGACGCCAAUGGGGACCAGAAGGAAACAUUUGGGUUGUGCGGUUUUGAAUGGGCAUUUGUACGCAGUUGGAGGAAGGGAUGACCAUAUGGAAUUAUCUUCUUGUGAGCGCUACGAUCCGAAAACUUGUACUUGGGAUCCUGUGAUUGCCAUGAGCAGCCGGCGCAGUGGUGUCGGAUUGGCGAUCGUUAAUGGUUUAAUGUUUGCUGUGGGUGGAUUUGAUGGAAAUUACUAUUUGAGAUCUGCAGAGGUUUUUGAUCCCGAAACCGUGGUCUGGCGGCCUUGUGCAACCAUGAAUUACCGGCGUCUAGGCGGUGGUGUAGCUGUCGUUGGCACUUUUGGUACGGGCAAAACACCUCUAGGUGACCAGCAGAAAAUUGGCGGUGCCGUCGAUAAGUUGAACAAUUUAAAUAUCAAGCAAGAUUCGGAUUGAAAUCGCCGAUUUCUCGCGUAUGGUGGUGGAAGCUGUCGGCACAAGUGUUUACGCUUAUGAUAUCUGUUUAAAGUUCUCUACUCUGUUUUCUGAUACUUCCUACUUCAUUUUUUAAUCGGAGUGGUUUUUAUUGAGUUUCAGUUAUAAAUUGCUUAUUGGCUGUAUAGUUACGCAAAUUUAGAGAAAUUUCAGAGUUUCGGGAUGUUCUACAGAUAAAGAUAUGGGAUCGUUUGUGAAAA